CAACGAUAGCCAAACUCACUUCAUCGGGCCUUCAAGUGAAGCCCAAUUCCCCAUCGGGUUCCAUUCUCACACGCAGAGAACCCGGAUCAGCUCCGUCAUUAUGGAGGACUUCCUUGCCACUGUUGGCGCCCAAGCCUGUAAAUACGCCGUAAGGUCGGGCAUCGCUCUAACUUCAAAGUAUGCCAUGAGGCAGUGUUCCAGACUCCUCGAGACAAUGGAUGAUUGUGAAAUGCACGCUCGCCUGCUUUCCCUCCAAAAGCAAUUUGACAGUAAGAUCAUGGUCAUCGCACCAACUAUUGACCUCGUAGAGUUCAAAUCCGGGCGAGGAAACGUCUUUCUUGACUCGGCUUUGCCACUGACCAAGGCCUUACAUGGCGACAUUGUGAGCUUAGGGCGACGCAUCGACAAGACGGCAUCCUUCCUGGAGAUCAAAUCUCAAAACGGCUCCUAUCCACAGCGCCAAUCGAAUAUCGCCAAUUUAGACAUACAAAGUGUCGUCGCCGACAUUGCAUCAAUGUUGGAUCGCAUAGACCGCGAGAUUCCGCUACUACAGCUAGCCAUCACCGCCUCAGGGGAAAGUCUCUCCAGCUCCUUACCUCCUAGCAUUUCGCCGUCAAGGCUGCUACAGGCCAGCACUCUUCUCAUUGUCGGAGACAUGCAGUUUCACAGCGAUCAAUCGCCAGUCCAAAUUGGACCAUCGUUCUGCUUGUCUUUGUACAUGCUGUUCCUUGGACAUGCCCCUGUCGCGCAAGUGCGCGCGCCUACACCUUCUCCAGGUGAUCCUCACACAAAACAUGACGGGAAUAACUCCCAAAGACCAUACGGUUUAGGUCCAGGUGAUCGCAAACCGAUAUGGCAGGAAGUCAUCCACAAGGCACGCGUGACCCUUCACAGGACCAAGGCUCUUGCGGAGUAUUCGUAUUACCUGGAAUUCACUGAAGAUCUUGACGAUGGUCGCUUACGAGACGAAGGAGAGGCGUGCACCCAAAUUCGCCAGCAGAUACCUAUCCAUCAGAUUUCCAAGAUCUUCUAUACAGACAGUGGCCGGCUACUGAACAUAGGAGACGAGACAGCCGACGGCAAGAAUCCCGUCCUUCUUUUCAAGCGUGAUCCCAAUGCCCAGCCCCCAGCCAGCGAGCACAAGCAGGUUGAGGGCUAUCUUGGCCCAACGCCGAGUCAUGACCCAGCUUCAUUUGAUACUGAUGCAAAUGACCAACUGGCGCUUGAUCAGCAAUUGAAUGACGAACUGCGCAGGAGCACUCAGGCAUGCCAUGCACCACCACAAGACAACCAAACUCGCCAGGUCCAUAGCUUCCCCAAACAUGUCGAUCCCGAGUGGAUAGCCUUAGAGAUGUACGAAGACAUUGCCGAGGAGCAUGGAACCCCAGAGGAAUGUUCAAGCGCGGCGCAAGACGCUGUCGAGUCCUGGAGUGAAGAGACUGACGCCAGGUCGGAUGUCUGCGUCAGAGAGGCUGUCGAACCACAGCAGAAGUCACAGAAGGUUUCCAUUGACCAUAAUUCUAGCACUACGUCAACCGCGCAGCGCUCACCCUUUAGCAAUGUCACUACAUCAUUGUCGCUUAUUGAGAUGUUGGUUCGAUUAGCUGGCCUCCAGGAGUUUCAGCAGACAUCGCAUUUGUCGAUACCAGAUCACAUUCUCACGUUCUUUCUAGAGGAAUCGUCGACCACUGGAUUAGGAGGUGAGGCACAAUGGGCGGCGCGGCAGGCGGCCAAGGCAAGGGUUGGGUUUGAUCCAUAUCUCGAUUCUUCACCAAGAAAGCAGAACAAUGUAUGACUUUGCAAAUUCCGAGUUUCAAAACAAUGUUUGAAGUUGUGCAUGUGGCAAGUUGCGA